UUAGCGUCCCUAACAGGGAGGUUGUCGGGAGUUGCACGUUAUUUUGUGUUUUAAUUUCCUCCCUCCCCCCCCCCUCCUCCCUCGUCUGAGUCGCAGUCGCUUGGAUAGCUUCAUUUUAGGUCCGUUUAGCGCGCGCGCGCGCUUUCUCCUCCCCUCUUCCUUUUUCUCUCCUUCCGCCGCCAGAAGGAGUUGUGUGUGAGGAGGGGGAGGGGAAGUUGUAGGGGAGACUCCAGUCGCUUCCGCCGGGGGUGGGGCCGCCCCGCAGCUGAGGGAGAAGUAAAGAGCGCGCGAAGGGAGACCGAGCGGCCGACUGAGCGGCCAGGCGGAGGGCGAGGCGGCGGCUAUCACCGACUCCGAUCCUCUCUUUCCUUUUCCCUUUCCCUUUCCCCUUCCUCCUUUCCUUCCUAGCUUCACCUCACCGCCGCCGCCACCACCAUGGAGCUCAUUACGAUUUUGGAGAAGACGGUUUCCCCAGACUGCACCGAGCUUGAAGCGGCUCAGAAGUUCCUGGAGCAGGCAGCCAUCGAGAACCUGCCUACUUUCCUUGUGGAACUGUCCAGAGUGCUGGCAAAUCCAGGAAACAGCCAAGUUGCAAGAGUUGCAGCUGGUUUACAGAUCAAGAACUCUCUGACAUCUAAAGAUCCUGAUGUAAAGACUCAACAUCAACAGAGAUGGCUUGCAAUCGAUGCCAAUGCUCGCAGAGAAGUCAAAAAUUAUGUUUUGCAAACUUUGGGUACAGAAACUUACAGGCCAAGCUCAGCAUCACAGUGCGUUGCUGGCAUCGCCUGUGCAGAGAUCCCUAUGAAUCAGUGGCCUGAACUUAUUCCUCAGCUAGUAGCCAAUGUUACAAAUCAACAUAGCACAGAGCAUAUGAAAGAAUCGACAUUGGAAGCCAUUGGCUAUAUUUGUCAGGAUAUUGAUCCAGAACAACUUCAGGAUAAAUCCAAUGAAAUUUUGACUGCCAUUAUCCAGGGCAUGAGGAAAGAAGAGCCGAGUAAUAAUGUGAAAUUAGCGGCUACAAAUGCACUCUUGAACUCUUUGGAAUUCACCAAAGCAAACUUUGACAAAGAGUCUGAAAGGCACUUUAUCAUGCAAGUAGUCUGUGAAGCGACACAGUGUCCUGAUACAAGGGUGCGAGUAGCUGCCUUACAGAACUUGGUGAAGAUUAUGUCCCUUUAUUAUCAAUACAUGGAAACAUAUAUGGGCCCUGCACUUUUUGCUAUCACAAUUGAAGCCAUGAAAAGUGAUAUUGAUGAAGUGGCUUUACAAGGUAUAGAGUUCUGGUCAAAUGUCUGUGAUGAAGAAAUGGACCUGGCUAUAGAAGCUUCAGAAGCAGCAGAACAAGGACGGCCUCCAGAGCAUACUAGUAAAUUCUAUGCCAAGGGUGCUCUCCAGUAUCUAGUCCCAAUUCUGACCCAAACAUUGACAAAGCAGGAUGAGAAUGAUGAUGACGACGACUGGAACCCCUGUAAAGCUGCCGGGGUCUGCUUGAUGCUUCUGGCAACCUGUUGUGAGGACGACAUUGUACCUCACGUUUUGCCCUUCAUUAAAGAACACAUAAAAAAUAUUGACUGGCGAUAUCGAGAUGCUGCUGUCAUGGCAUUCGGAUGCAUUUUAGAAGGCCCAGAACCAAACCAGCUAAAACCUCUUGUCAUUCAGGCUAUGCCUACUCUUAUAGAGUUAAUGAAGGACCCCAGCGUUGUCGUCAGAGAUACAACCGCCUGGACUGUGGGUCGGAUCUGUGAGCUGUUACCUGAGGCAGCCAUAAAUGAUAUUUAUCUUGCUCCGUUGCUGCAGUGUCUAAUUGAAGGCUUGAGUGCAGAGCCAAGAGUGGCCUCCAAUGUAUGCUGGGCUUUCUCUAGUUUGGCAGAAGCUGCUUAUGAAGCUGCUGAUGUAGCUGAUGAUCAAGAAGAGCCUGCAACAUACUGCUUAUCCUCAUCCUUUGAAUUAAUUGUUCAAAAACUUUUAGAGACCACAGACAGGCCUGAUGGACAUCAGAACAACUUAAGGAGUGCUGCAUAUGAAGCUCUGAUGGAAAUUGUGAAAAAUAGCGCCAAAGACUGUUAUCCUGCUGUUCAGAAGACAACUUUAGUUAUCAUGGAACGGCUGCAACAAGUGCUCCAAAUGGAGUCUCAUAUCCAGAGCACAAGUGACAGAAUCCAGUUUAAUGAUCUUCAGUCUUUACUUUGUGCUACAUUGCAGAAUGUCCUUCGCAAAGUCCAGCACCAGGAUGCUUUGCAGAUUUCAGAUGUGGUGAUGGCAUCUCUUCUGAGAAUGUUCCAAAGUACAGCAGGAUCAGGAGGUGUCCAAGAGGAUGCCCUCAUGGCUGUUAGUACUCUGGUAGAAGUGUUAGGAGGGGAGUUUCUCAAGUACAUGGAGGCCUUCAAACCUUUCCUGAAUAUUGGUUUAAAAAAUUAUGCUGAAUAUCAGGUCUGUUUAGCUGCAGUGGGCCUAGUAGGUGACCUAUGCCGGGCUUUGCAAUCCAACAUUCUGCCCUUUUGUGAUGAGGUUAUGCAGCUUCUUUUAGAAAAUUUGGGGAAUGAAAAUGUACAUCGGUCUGUUAAGCCCCAAAUUCUCUCAGUGUUUGGAGAUAUUGCUCUUGCAAUUGGAGGAGAAUUUAAAAAAUACUUAGAUGUUGUACUGAAUACUCUACAGCAAGCUUCUCAAGCCCAUGUUGAUAAGUCUGAUUAUGACAUGGUAGACUACCUGAAUGAAUUGCGAGAAACCUGUCUGGAAGCAUACACAGGCAUUGUUCAAGGUCUGAAAGGAGAUCAAGAGAAUGUACAUCCGGAUGUGAUGCUGGUGCAGCCUAGAGUAGAAUUCAUCUUGUCUUUCAUUGACCACAUUGCUACAGAUGAAGAUCAUAGUGAUGGAGUUGUAGCCUGUGCAGCAGGACUGAUAGGGGAUUUGUGCACAGCGUUUGGGAAAGAUGUCCUCAAGAUGGUAGAAGCUAGGCCCAUGAUACAUGAACUACUAACUGAGGGAAGGAGAUCAAAGACGAACAAAACAAAAACCCUUUCUACCUGGGCCACUAAAGAGUUGAGAAAACUGAAGAAUCAAGCUUGAUCUGUUACCAUUGGGAUGACAUCUGAGACCCCCACUGGAAUUCUCCAAUCUAUUGAGGAAAAAAACCCAACCCGAAGUGAGGAGUGUGCACGGAUGCUGAGUGUUUGGGAAUGAGAGGAUGAGUGAGUGAGAGGCUUAAACACACCACGGUGAAAAUCCAGCCACGGCAAAUGGCAGAACCGCUGUUAAUGGAGCUAAUCACUGACUUGCGUAGCAACAAAACCUUGUCAUCGCUUGCCUCCAGGAAGUAGAAAAUGAUUGAGUUCUAUACUUCAGUGCAGUCUCUUCUGACAAGAGACAAGGACUAAUUCUGUGUCUUGGCCAGUGAAGAGGAAGAUUACUUAGUCUGGGAGAGAGAAAAGCUAGCUUCAGGUUCAAUUUGAGUACUCAUAUAAUAAGGUCUGGCUUUCGUUGCUAGAGAGGAGAAGGUGGGGUCCCCAGCCCAUGACCUUUUAACCUUUUUUGGGAGGGAGGAGAGUUUAUAGCCUCACAACGCUGUCAGUGCACGAGAAAAAUAGGAAGGGUGAAGGAUUUUCUUUCAAGAGUGAGUGUGUGUGAAUGAGGCAGUAUCUACAUUCUCAAUUGCAGUUAAUCUUUCCCAAAAGAAACACUGAAGAGAUUAGCAGUUGCAUUUCAUAAACUAACAAGUUCAGUCUACUUGAAGUGGCAGAAAAGUAAGAGAUUUGAAGGGGGGAGGGGGGAAGAGAAGUUGCCCCGUGUAGGGCUUCUUUGGGGAAUUUUAGCUGGGAUGUUCAAAGCUCCCAUCGUGACACUUUUUUCACAAUAUUGUUCAUUAAAAAGCGCCUUUCCUUCCUGAAUUUUGUUCAACUGUGAAUGUAGAAACCCGGGGCUGGGUGGGGUGGGAGGUGGGUAGAGUAUCCAGAGGACUCUCAAAUGUUAGUGGAGAGAUUAGGAUCAGUUUUUCCAAAUGGGAUAUGAAGCUUAUGAAAACAUAACUUUGCUUUCAAUUGGUAAUAAUAAAAAAACCCAAAAGGAACAAAACCCCUUUCGGUAUGAACAAAAUAGCCCGAACCACACAUAAUUGUGCCAAAGAAUUUUUGAAAAGCCUAAACAAACAAGAAACUUUUCAGGAAAUAUUUUGGAUUGCAAAAAUGAGAUUGACAUUCAAUGUUCAAACAAAGCAAAAAAAAAAAAAAAAAAAAAGAUAAAAGUACAAUUUGGAAACCGCUUGGCCUAUUUGUUCUCUUUAUUUGGUUCUGAUAUGGGGUUAGUCUUGCUGCACUUCAAAAAAGGAAAAAUUUAUAUAUAUAUAUAUAAAUAUAUAUAUAUAUAUAUACUGACUUGAGCUUACACAGGAUGGCACUUGUAAAAGGUUAUAUUUUUCCACUGCAGUGAAGAUUAAUAAAAUGGUGUCAAACAUUUCCCCAGUACUAUUUUUUUCUAUUGCUCUUUCCAGUAGCAGGAAAUCCUCUUUUCCCCCCAAAAAAGCAAUUGGGCAGCUGUAUGCUAUUAUCUAUACUAUAUCUGUUAAAAACCUAUAGUUUCAAAUAUUUUAAAAAAAUAUUCUGUUGCUUUAUAACAAAUGGACAGAGACAGCUGUUCUAGAUAUUAAGAAUUCCUAAAAGCAGAGGGAAUGAGACACACCAGCUUCUAACUAUGCAGCUAUUGAUGCUUAGGGGCUUUUAAAAGAUGGGUGCUUUUCAUGCUUGCCUUGUAAAAUAGGGAACCUCAUCCUUCCAACAAGCAUUAAACUUUUUUUUUUAAAAAAAACAACAACCCUCACUUCCCUUUUCUGUCUCUGUACUUUCUCAGGCUCAUCUUGGGAUUCUCUUUGGUUGCCCAUCCUCAUUGGAAAGCAAACAAGCCAGUUUCUUAUACAGGGUAUCUGAUGUUGUGCCUUUCAGUGCCAGGUUCAGAAUUGUAGCCCCAAGUGCCGAUUUCUUGAACCAGUGUACAAAGCAAAAACAAAAUAUAAGACCAAGUGGUUCAGCAGGAAGUUCCAGCAUGAGUCUGAAAGAGGGGCUUUUAUGAACUUGGGUCCACCUUUUUCUUAAUGCCUUUUUUUCUUUGAGAUAGAGAUUUCUUUGAAAGAUGCCCACAAAACGAAAGCCAUUCCUAAACUGGGGAAGGGGUGCGUGAAGGGAAAUUCUCAUCAUUCCUCAGUGCUACUGAACUCUGUCCAGUGUUGGCUAUCUAGCUGUAGGCUGCAGGCAAAUAAAGUACACUGAGUUAGUAGUGGAAACCAAAAAUGUGUGUCUUACUUUUUUUUUCCUCUUGGCAUUCAGUGCUUAUUUCCAAAAAUGGUGAAAAUCUAUGCUGAAGCAAACUUCUAUUUUUAAUUUUUACCUGAACUUAUGCAUCCUGUGUGUAUUCACUGUGUGCUUGGGGAAGAGAGAGAAUACCCUGUACCUGUGCUUCAAGGAGGACUCGCAUUAAUGAGUAUUUUAUGAAUUAUGUCUCUUAAUUACCACAUCAAAUUUGUACACCUAUACAUAAACAAAUUGUUCCUACAUUUGGAGGAAGGUACAUGGCAUCUCUGAGAAGCUUUAGAAUUAAUAGAAUGUAUUUUGGAGCAUACCAUUGUGGCCCUUACUGUGUGACCUACUUUAGCUUGGGUAGAAAGUUUGAAGUUCUUGGAAUCGGGGAGAUACUGCUAUAGUCUGUCAACAAUUUGCUAUCAAAUUGAAAUUGUUGAGAGAGUGGAAGGAGAAAACUGUAAAUAUACAGAAAAACAGAGUAUCUAAUUUCAAAUGUUACAUGUUUUGCCCUCACUUUCUGAAGUGUGUGGCCUUUAGCCAGAAUUUACUUGUUCCUAGUGAAAUAGGUAUGCAUUCCAGGUUCUCUUGGAUGGGAUUUUGCAUGUCCUCUAAAAUUCUCCUUAUUCUGAAGCCAAUUAGCUAUGAAUUAUGGUCUGUCAGAUGCUUUGGAAUUACAUGUUGAGCUCCUUAUGAAUGCAUCUGACUCACAAGUCACAUGUUGAAUCUGUCUCAACAUCUGAGAAGUAGUAUAACCAUAUGCUUACUUUCAAAUUCUAUAUUGUCAGAGACUUUCAAAGAUGUGAAUUUCCAGAUGUGUUGCUAUUUAAUAAAGAGUGUUAGAAGGAGAAAAGGAAAAACUAUACUUGGGAGGUAUUUAAAUUUAGCUGUUCUUUGUUCUGCGAUUUGUGGCCACCUGGAACAUAAAUUAUUUUCUCAGCAAGUUUCCAAAGUGGCAUUCAAUAAAAAAAAAAAUUCAAAUUAUCACAGAUACCAAACUAUAUAUUAAAAUCACCUUGUUACAAAACUUCAUAACCUGGCAGAGAUGAUUUGCAAGAUAAGACACAAAUUAAAUGGACUGAAACCUACAUCUUGAGGAUCUUGACACAAACCACUGUGUCAACACUAGCUCUCAACUGGAUCCUCCAGCAUGCCUAAUUGUAAAUUCAACUUUUUUUUUGCAGCUAUUCAGAUUAUAAAUAGAAUUAUUUUAUUUAAUUAACUAUUGUUAUUAAUUAGUUCCUUAUUUAUUAAAUUUAUAUGCUGCCCAUUUCAUUAUUCAAAAUGGCUCGGCAACUUACAAUAAAAGCACAAAUACAGUGGUACCUUGGUAUUUAACGACUUCAAAAUUCAUCACAUUCAGUACUCGAUGCACAAAAAUGUCCUGGUACUUGAUGCACAAGGCAGAACUUGCUGGCAUUGGCUGCCUCAUGACUCACUUCUCCUUCCAGAUGAAAUAAAGGGUCAUGUGGUAAGUCAUGUGAUUUGCUCAAUAUUCCUUUUUACUAAUACCUCCAGGAACUGGACAAAUACUGAAGUACUACUGUAUAAAAAACAUUAACAAUAAUUAAAUUAGGAACCAAGUAUAGUUAUGUUAAAGUCCUAUAUACUUUCAAACUAAUUUAGGAAAGUUUCCUUGUUCAUAAUUGUGAUACAUUCUUGAAAUGUAAAUUAAUCUUAAGGGGGGGAAAUCCAUUCUGUUUGUCAAAUUAUAGAAUCUGUUGUAACAACCUAGCACUUAAUUAUAUAAUAUUGCAUCAAAAUAUCUGACAUUUGUGUUCAACAAUUUGCUUCCAAACUGGUUAAAGCGGUAUACUGAACAACCCAAGCAUGAGAGCAUCAUAAAAAAUUAUGCAAUUCAGCUUUAUUUUUAAAAAGUAAUAUUUCACCAGAUAAUUUAUAGUUUAUUUUAAAAAAUAAAUCACUUUGUCAUUGGGCCUGUUAUCUCUUU